AUGUCGCGCGAUCCAUACCACGACUUUGCGGCCGACCUGCGCACCUCGCUCGCCUCGGCCCGCUCCCUCUCCCAGACCUACACCCAACUCCUCUCAUCCUCCUCCUCCUCCUCGUCAUCGUCGCAAUCCUCGGCACGGGGGCGGCCGAAACGCUCCGACGACCUCCAGUCGGCGCACGAUCGGCUGGCGGAUGCGCUCGAGGGACUGCGGCAGGACGUCGAAGACGUAAAGCAGAGCGUACAGGUCGUCGAACGCAGCGGGCCAGAACGCUUCGGCGUCUCCCCAGACGAGCUACACAGCCGCAAACGCUUCGUCAGAGAGUGCGAGGACGAGAUCGCACAACUAUCACGGACAGCACAGCAUCCCCCAUCGAGCGGAAAGGAAAAGUACAGCGACGGGUUCCAGGCCAUCGACAUGGACGAUCCAGAUCAGGAUGCCACAGAGGCUUUUGAACGAGAGCAGCAGCAGAUGCUCAUGUCGCGACAGGACACGACGCUGGAUUCCAUCGGGGCGACGCUCGUCAGCCUGCGCUCGCAGGCGGGCACCAUGGGCCAGGAGAUCGGCGAGCAGGUCGAGCUCAUCGGCGCCCUCGAUAGCGAGGUCGACAGCAGCCAGGGCAGGCUGUCCAAGGCCAUGCGCCAGAUGGACGAAGUCGUACGCAUCAGCGACGAACGCCUCGGCGGAUGGUGCGUCUGGAUCCUCGUCAUUGUGCUCUUUAUCUUGCUCUUGAUGGUCAUUUUGAUAUGA